AUGGCAAAAAGGCUAAGCAAGCCUGAGCGUAUUGGUCCCAUUCUUGGCACUAAUGGGGAAUAUAUAUUUAUUGACCUAAAUUUAAAAGUUUCUAAAUAUGCUGUAAGGAGCUGGAAAACUCAAAGUAAUGGCAUUGGAGGUGAUGGCCAACCUUUACUAGUUUUGUAUAUGCGAAUCAAGUAUUAUGUAGAUUGUCAUCUUUUAAUAAGUGAAAAAGUGGUUCGUCAUCAUUAUUACCUGCAGCUCAGGGAAAAUGUUAAAAAUUAUUGCCAAGCUGUAAGUGAAGAAAAGUCAUUUUUAUUGGCAGCACUGGCCCUUCAAGCAGAUCUGGGAAAUUACGAUGAAGAAAAACAUAAAAAUCGAUAUUUUGAAAUCAGUAACUACUUUCCUUCAUGGAUAAUUGAAAAGCUGGGUGAAGAUUUCAUCAUUCGGAACAUUCCUGCUUUGCAUAAAGACAAUGCUGGACUGAGUCGAGGUGAAGCUCAAGUAGGUUACAUUAAAGAAGCCUCAGAUGUAACUGCUCCUCACAACUUACAUUUUUACAAGAUGCGUAGAAAAAAAGGAAAGCUGUGGAGUGAUGUGUGGCUUGGAAUUAGAGACAGUGGUAUUCACAUUUAUGAGCAGCAGGAACAUGAAAAGACAAAGUCAUUGCUUUCAACAUUUUUGUGGUGCGACAUUGCUAAGCUUCACUUUGAGAAAAAGAAAUUUGAAAUACUCUCAGAAGGCAGUCCUGAGUAUCGAAGAUUCACUUAUUUUGUUCAAACUGAGGAAUUAUCAAAGCAUUUGCUUUGGAUUUGUCGAACAACCCAUCAUUUUCAUAUGGCUAAUCAAAACAGAGUUGCAGAUUUGAAAAAACUAGAAUUGGAUGGAGGGAAAUCUUACAGAGAAGCAUAUAUAUAUACAGACAAAAUAGACCAGGCUUGGGAAAAGAAGCAAAAUACCAUGCAGAAAAAUAAGUACAAAUCUAACAUUGAAAACAGCAUCGUUAAUUUUAAUGGGAACAAGGAAAAUACAACUACAGAAAAGGACUUGAAACCCAUUGUGAUGAAAAUGUCUGGAAUGCCUUGGAAUAAUACCGAGUCUUUAGAAUCUGGAAGAGGUAGUGGCCAAUCACUACAGCACCAUUCGAUGGAAGUACUACCAUUAACUAAUGGCUGCAAAUUCUCAUCUGAUAUUAAAUAUAAAAGUCAGAGCAUUUCAUGCUUUUCUGAUCGCUCUUUAGCACCAUAUUCAAUGACAGCUGCCACCAACAACUCUGGGCAACUUUGGAGUCCUCCUUCUGGAAGUAGUGUUUCUACUACUCCAACAUCAACACUGAUGUCAAGAAGUAGCUGUGCUUCAAACACUGAUAGUACUUGUAGCACAUUGUCCCUUACCAGUAGUUCUACCAUCAAAGCUGGAAACAGUCGAAUUUCACAGGGUUCAAAUGAUGGAAAACGUUGGGUAAAGUGCGACUCUUUUGAAGAGCUUCCAUUGAAAAAUUCUCCUCCAGAAAAAAUUAUGCAUAAAGUAUGUAUAUCAACUUUUGUUGAUAAACAUGUACGGACAGCUAGUGUUUAUGAUGCUGUUACUACACAGAAAAUAAAUUAUCCUAAACCUUCACUUAAUAUCACAGCAUCUAGUACUUCAUCUAGUAAUAUUCAGCCUAAUGUUGCCUCUGUUUCAUCAUCUACUGUAGCGCCAGCAAAUGUAAAGACUUCAGAUGUGAAACGGACUCCAUCUUUAAAUGUGUGUAUUAAUAAUUAUGCGGGCAUAUCUCAGAAUAUAUCAAAAGAAAUAUCAUCCUCUCAUACAAAACUUGUACACAGUAUUGCUCAAAAACCUCCUAGGCAUUAUACUUCCAAUGCUCAAACUCACACGUCUUCACACGGACGGACAGCCACAAGAAUUGGAGUAUCUUCUCUUAGCAGGGACCAAAGAUUACCUCUCACUUUGUUCAAUGAUCAGCGUAUGAUGGCUUGUGGCUCAGAGCCAAAUCUUUAUGUAACUGUUGGUGACCGGUUACCAUUGACCAUUACAGACAAUCCCGUAACUUCAAUAAAAUCACAGUGGUUACAGAGGAACUUCAAUAGUCGUAGUGAAAUGAGCCUUAAUGUGAUUGAACAUAAUGUACAAAAUGGGACUUUUGAUUUUCAAAGUCCUAAUAUAAUCAAAAAUGAUAGUUGUGAUUCCAGGAAUAGACAGUUGUCUUUGCCUGAUGUCUGUAGUGAUAUCCUCGAAGGAGAUGGUGAUUUUCCUUGCAUUCCACCUCCUCCAGCAUACAGAAAUGGUGUAGAAGACUGUGUUCCUGUAUUAUCCAGUAGCUGCUCAGGUCUAUUUUCUCAGAAUGCUGUGAAGUUAUCAUAUUCUUUGCAGAGUGAAGGGGGUUCAACAAACAGCUCAAACCUACCUUCUUCAUCUGUUGCGUUCGAAAAUCAUAAAGAACUUAAAAAUGCUCAUUCUACUCCACCAGAUGUGUUGGAUAUCCAGCAGCUGCGGCAGAGGAGCCGUGAUUUAGAUCUUCCUCUAAUUUCAGCCUUGUGCAAUGAUCGAUCUUUACUAAUGCUACCUAAAACUGUUCCCACAUGUUCCAGACAGAGGCAUUUGGGAAAUAAAGAUCCCAUGAGGUUCAGUCGCGCAACAUCCUUACCAAAUGGUGACAUGACAGAUAAUAUGCUUGCUAACACUGGCCGGCCAAUUAGCUGGCACAUUGACUCUAGCCAUGUUCCUCAUUGGUCUGAAGUUUCUAAGCCAUGCUCUGCUUCUUGGGACAAUGCCAUUAAGUCACGCUUGCCUCAGAUAAAUGCAGCAUUGAGUGAAAAUCCUGCACCAUCUCUUCCUCCUACCAUACUGACAUCAUUUGGGAAGACACCUGUGAAACAGGUUAAAAGUGUUCAUGACCACAGUAGUGUAUCUGAUAAUUACAGGUACAAUAAAAAUCAAAUGAUACCUACAAAGCUUCUUGCAGGACCUUUUGGAUGCAUUCCCAAUGGUAGGCUGUAUCAAAAAGGCUCAUCAUCUUGAUCUUUUAGAAUGUUGCAUGAAAAUAAUCAUGUAUAUUUGCUCAAAUGUAUGUUAUUGUACAUAAUGGUAAUCACGUGUAAAAUUUAAAUAUUUUUGUGUAAAUUUUUAAUGCCUAUAGAAGAAACCCUUUUAAAUGUGUAAAAGUUUUUAUUUCUUAAUUGGUAUAAAUUUAUGAGUCAUUAUGCUUUUUUUUUUUUUUUCCAAACUGUACAAUAGUUUUAAGAACAUCAUAAAUUUGCUGGUCAUUGGAAUUGUUUUGAAAUUUUUCGCAUUCACUUUGUAAAAUACUGUAUAGCACAAAUUAAUUUUUUGAUAAAUCUGUAGGUAUAUAAUAUGGAAGGUAGGGUGCUUUAUUUUUCAGAUUUACUAUUUUUCUUAUUCAUUUUGUAGGUAAACCUAAAAUAUCGAAAACAAGAACAUGGGCAUCUCUUAGUAACAUUUUAAAAAAUGAAAAAAAUAUCAGUAUUUUUCACACCUUUGUUGUUCUAAAAGCAUAUAUUUUCACUAGUUGCUGAAGCAUUAUAAAUCUUGAGUCCUUUCUAUCUCUUCAACCAAAACACUUCAUUACCUAAAUGGUAGAACUGGAUUCUGGCUUAGCAUCGUUGUUUAUGAAGAACGAAAAAAAAAAAAAAAAAAUUGGAGGUUAAAAUUUU